GUGAGAGGAGCUAAACUUAUGGAAAAAAAAAAUUGAAAAUUAUAAAUUAACCGCGCUCGUUGAUACUAUAAAGUGAUUACAGUCUAUUGGUUAAUGAUAACUAUUAUCUGUGUUUUGUGGUUUUCCGACUAACCAAAUAAAACCAGUUUUUGACUCGAGCAUCACAUAUUAUUCUUAAAAAAGAUUUUACUUUACUAAUGUGUGGUUUACAUUAAUUGAUCUUUGUUUUUCAAUAAAUACAAAUACAGAAUUGUGCAGUAGGUACUUACAUUCAGUUAACGGAUUUCUACAUCUUUAUCUUAAUAGAUUGGUAAACAUUUAUUCAAGUAAGAAUAGUUAUAUAUCAUUUAUUUUUUCAUUAAAUAUUCAAUAAACAAUGAUUUACCUAUAGUUUCUUGGAUGUUAUUUUCUCAUUUGUAUGUGUAUUUUAAUAAUUUAUUUUAUAGAUUGAAAGAAAAUUAUUGUUUUUAUUGUUUAUAACAAUACAUAGGUAUGAACAUUUUAGGAGGUACAUAUUAUGACUCAUGCGUACAUCCAUUUGAUAUUAUGUGCAUUGUACAUAUUAUUUAGUUAUAUCAAGUGUCGUAAAUUUUUAAUAAAUUGGUAUCUACAUAUAAUAAAGGGUUAUUAUUUAAAAUGUAUAAAUCUAUAGGUACCUAUGUUAUACCUAUGUUUUAUUAUGUAUGGUUCUUAGACCCUAAACAUGGCUGGUAUGCAUUAACCAUUUUUACAUAAUGCAUAUUAUAUUCUAGGUUGUUUAUCUAAGAUAAUUGCCAUAUGAUAAAUAAAAAUAUCUGUGAUUUUAAUUGUAUGCAUAUACAUCAUAAAUCAUAAACUUGCCUAUAAUAAAUAAUUUAAAUGAUAAUACAAUUAUUUUAGGAAUCCAAGUAACAAAUCUAUUUGGUACUAAAAUCAGUUUUAAUCUAAAACUAUUUUCAUAAUUCAAACACUUAUAAUGUUAUAUUUAUGUUAAUAUUUCUUGUUAUAUAUGGUGAUUUUUAAUUAUAGAGGUAAUAAUUAUAAUGGAUUAUAAACCUAUUUAGAUUUAGAUCUAUUGUCACUAGCUGUCCUGCACCAGGUGUGGCCAGUUCCAAUUUUUGAGUCUUUUUGUCUUUAUUCCUGUUUUGCUUUGCUCUUAUUAAUAGAUGUAUUGAACUUUUUGGUAAAAAGUGGGUAAUAUAGUGUUCUAGUAUGUCAUACAGUUUUUUAUAUUUGUAUUACCAUAAAUACCUGCACAGCACAGGGAUUAAACUAUAAAUCUACUAUAACACUGUUCAAAUUAUGAAAACAGGAUAGUAGGUACUGUAGUAUUGUUUCUGUACCAAAAAAUACUGUAGAUUAAAAAUAAUGUCUUUUUACAUAGUUUCACUUACCCACCCAGUACAGCAUGUAGUUUUAUGUGUAUAUAUUAUUCUGAUGUAUAAACAAUAAUACUGUAGUUUCAAAAAAAUCGGUUCACUAGUUUUUGCGUAAAAGAAUAACAAACUUUCAUUCAUUCAUAAGUUUUCACAAACUUUUACAUUUGUAAUAUUAGUAGGAGGUUUGUAUUUUAUAAAUUAUAACAGAUUACCUAUUAUUAAUCUACAUAGGUAUUUAUAAUAUAUUUGUGAUAUAACAAAUAUUAUAUUUUAAUUAAAAUUAAUUUAUAAAAUCAAAGAACAUACCUAUUUAUUGAUGUUUUUUUUUUAUUGUUUAGCAAUGUUUAAUAAACCACGUUUGAAAAAAGAACUAAGUGAAUUAAUUGUUGAUCCUCCAAUUGGAAUAAAAGUUAAUAUAAAAGAAAACUCUUUGAAUAUUUUAGAAGCCGGUAAGAAUUAUUUAUAUUUAUAAAUACUAUUAUAAAAUAUUUAUUUUUUCUGUACGCACACAUUCUAAAAAGUAUUGAACAAAUUUUAGUCUGAUGUUCAUCAAAAAAUACUGUUUAAGUAUCAGAGAAUGUUUAAAUUUUAAAUUUAUAUAUUUUAUGUUUACAUUAGCUGAACUGCCUACAUAUUUUUUAUUUAAGAAAUAAAAAAAUUGUACUAACAAUUUAUCUCUAUUUAAGUAUUCACAACAAUGUAUUAAAUUGUUUUAGAAAUAAAUGGGCCGAAAGAUUCUCCAUAUGAAGAUGGAGUUUUCAAAUUAAUUAUAGAAGUGCUAAAAGAGUAAGUAUUUAUAAUUAGGUAUCCACUUAGAUUAUAUUUUAAUGCAAUAUAAUAUUUAAGUCUUACACUUGAUUUUGAAUUGGUUUUUUUAAUUGUAAUUUUAUUCUAGUUAUCCAUUUGAAGCUCCGAGGAUUAACUUUAUAACACCUAUUUACCAUCCAAACAUUAAUAGGAUUGGCAGAAUCUGUUUGCAUAUGUUAAAUAAGUCUACAGAAUUUUCUUGGAAACCUAUGUAUACAAUAAAACACGCUUUAGUUGCUAUAAGAAAUUUAAUGGAUUGUCCAAAUCCUGAUGACCCUAUGUUAUCAGCUGUUGUAAUACAUUUUUAUUUAUUUAUCAUUUGUUAUUUUACCUAUGUUCUAUUUUUUUUUAUUUAAUUAAUAAUAUAUUAUGGGUUUCAGGCAAAAGAAUAUACAACUAAUAAGGACGUAUUUGAAUACAAAGCUAAAAAGUUCACCAAAAUGUAUGCUACUAUGCGCAGAACAAAUACUCAAUAACAAGUUAUUAAUUUAAGAGAUACUGUACUUUUGUUAUUUAAUAUCUAAGUUCCUAUAUGAACGUAUUAAAUGAAGUAUUGUCAAUUACCUUUUAAAUAUAAAUAGUAUUCUGAAAUAUUAAUUAGUUAUUAUUUUUAUUACAAUUUUUUCAGUACAAAGCAACUCCAAACAUAAAUUUGAUAUGGUUAUAAUAUUUAUUUUAAGUCUUUAACAUGGAAAAAUAUUGCUAGAAAC